AGCUGCACGAUGCAGAGAGCCAUUUCCGCUACUUACGGAUGUCCAAGGAACCUUUGAUGUUCUGGUCGCAAAGGUAGCUCUUGCUUUAAAAAGAAGCUCUUAUCAGAGCGUCCAUCGGCCGGAGAUCUCACCAGGAGAAAGAUUGGCUUUGACUUUACGUUGUCUUGCAACCCGCAACUUGCAAGUGUCAGUUUCGUUCAGUUUUAGAGUUGGCCGUGCGAUUGUAUGCCAUAUUCAAGAAAUUUGUUUUGCAUUGUGGCAAGCUCUUCAGCCUGAAUAUCUAAAAGCACCUUCAAGCGAGGAAGAUUGGAACCUUCAAGCGAGGAAGAUUGGAAGAGCAUUAGCAAAGAGUUUACAAAGCUGUGGAAUUUUCCUAACUGUAUUGGAGCCAUUGACGGCAAGCACAUCUCUACAAACUCCCGGUAAUGCAGGGUCGUUAUAUUACAAUUAUAAGGGAGGCUACUCAAUUGUUCUAAUGGCAGUGUGCGAUGCACAUUACCGGUUUCCUUUGUCGACAUCGGGGAAUUCUGGUCGCCAUAGUGAUGGAGGUGUACUUUCAAAUUCGGAAUUUGGCAAGGCAUUGGAAGCAGGGAACCUCGGCAUGCCAUCGCCUACAUCUUUACCAGGUACUGGCAUUGAGGUGCCGUUCGUGUUUGUGGGAGACGAAGCGUUUUCACUUCAACGCAAUAUUCUUCGUCAGUGUCCUGGCAUAAAUUUGGCAGAUUCAAAGGCGAUCUUUAACUAUCGUUUGAGUCAUGCCAGACGCAUCAUUGAGAACAGUUUUGGCAUCCUAACCGCAAGGUGGCUUAUCUUCAGGAGGCCGAUAAUUGCGUCUCCCGAUAAUGUAGACAUUUUCAUUCAGGCGGCCAUAGCCCAACAUAACUACCUGAGAACCACCCAGUCAACAGUUUGCUGCUCACGUGGAUUUAGUGAUGCAGAGGAUGCAGCAGGAAACAUCAUUGAAGGGACCUGGAGAAGUGAGGUGGCUGGAGAUAAUGGAUUGAACGGGGUGUGCUCUUUAGGAAGCAACAUGCACAGUAGAUCUGCAGCUCCAGUUAGGAACACUUUCGAAACUAUUUUAUGUCCCCUGAAUGAGAGGUAAUGUGGCAGUAUCACCAUAUUCACCGUACAGAAUACUAGCUAACAUCUGUUGUCAAUAGAUUUGCUGGUAUUAUGAAGUGAUGCAUUGUGUGUUCAGUAACAUUAAUUAACGUGUCCACGCUGUGCAAGAUUACAAUAGUAAGUUUCAGCCUUUAGAUCAGCCCUCUUUGAUGAUUUUAUGGCUUUUAUAAAGCCGGUUAUAAGAUGAAGAUGGGCAAGAUGUUUAAUAUAUGGACGGACGGUGAGGGCUCAGAUAAUUUAGUUUGCUGUAUUGAUAGCCGAAUUGCGCUUCAUACAUACUUUUUGUAUUUUUAUCUCAGCCAUGGAUU